AAUAUGGAAGAAAUUUCAGCUAUUUUUUUGUGAAAUUUGAUUAAUAAUUUAAGAGACUGACAGGUACGCUCAGAUUCAAUCUCAGCUUAUCUACUGGUCUUUCUCCGCCCUCCCAAUCCAAACUCCAUACUCCCAAUUUCUCCAAUCAAUUUCCCUCAUCUUCAUUUCUUCCUUCUUCUCUCCCAACUUUACCCAAAAUCAUGAGCUGGUGGUGGGCUGGAGCUGUUGGCGCUGCCAAGAAAAAAUUUGACGAAGACGAAGCACCGCGAAGCCCCCAGAGCGUAGGUCUCGUGAUCGGCGUCACCGGCAUAGUCGGCAACAGCCUCGCCGAAAUCCUCCCGCUCUCCGACACCCCCGGCGGUCCAUGGAAGGUCUACGGCGUCGCACGUCGUCCCCGUCCGAACUGGAACGCCGACCACCCUGUCGAGUACAUCCAGUGCGACAUCUCCGAUGCCGACGACGCCAAGGCCAAGCUUUCUCCGUUAUCCGACGUCACCCACAUCUUCUACGUGACCUGGACCAACCGAUCCACCGAGGCCGAGAACUGCGAGGCUAACGGCGCUAUGUUCCGCAACGUCUUGAAUUCCGUCAUCCCAAACGCGCCCAAUCUCCGCCACUUGUGCCUCCAGACCGGGGCCAAGCACUACGUCGGGCCGUUCGAGGCUUUCGGGAAGAUCCAGCCCCACGAGCCGCCCUUCACGGAGGACCUGCCCCGACUGGACUACCCGAAUUUCUACUACACCUUGGAAGAUUUGUUGCUUGCUGAGGUGGAGAAGAAGGAGGACUUGACUUGGUCCGUCCACCGACCCGAUGCGAUUUUUGGGUUCUCUCCGUACAGCAUGAUGAACGUCGUCGGCACGCUCUGCGUGUACGCCGCCAUCUGCAAGCACGAGAGAGUGCCGUUAAAGUUCCCGGGAAGCAAAGCGGCGUGGAACUGCUACUCGGUGGCUUCGGAUGCGGAUCUGAUAGCGGAGCAGCACAUAUGGGCGGCGGUGGACCCGUAUGCCAAAAACGAAGCAUUUAACAUAAACAAUGGGGAUGUGUUUAAGUGGAAGCAUUUCUGGAAGGUGUUGGCUGAGCAGUUUGGGAUUGAGGAGUAUGGGAUUGAUGAGGAGGAGGGGGCGAAGCUGAGCUUGGUGGAGCUGAUGAAGGGGAAAGAGAGAGUGUGGGAGGAGAUAGUGAAGGAGAAUCAGCUGCAGCCCACAAGGUUGGAGGAGGUUGGGGUGUGGUGGUUUGUGGAUGUUUGGUUGAGUGGGGAGGGAUUGUUGUGUAGUAUGAACAAGAGCAAGGAGCAUGGGUUUGUGGGUUUUAGAAACUCCAGGAAUUCAUUUGUCACUUGGAUUGAUAAAAUGAAGGCUUUCAAGAUUGUGCCUUGAUCUUGGAUUGGGGUUUGAGGAUGUUGUGAUGGUGUUUUUUUGGGGUUUGGAAAAUAUGUUUGUUGUGGUUUGCUUCUUCUUGUUCUGCAUGAAUUCUAAAAUAAUC